UCUGUUAACCUGCAGACCAAGUCUCAGUCGGUAAUUAAAAUUCACGUGAUUACACGUGAUGAAUCUUUUAUGUUAGCAAAGGCCACAGACGAUGGAGAAAGAUGAAGGAGAAUAAGGACGAAGGAGAACAACCAAAGCAGCACCCCUCGCGUGGAAGAAUCUGAGUAACGAUUGAAGAACACAAACGAAAACGAUCCUCAUAAAGUCCGUCAGUGGGUCAUCUUCUUGGACAUGUAACUCGAUUAUGCGUAAUUGCCACCACAACAUACAAGCGAAAGUAAGAACGGUGAAGAAAGGGCGAAAUCUGGGGAGAAAAUUUUUUGGAUGCUCACUUUGGCCUAAUGCAGAUUGUAAAUACUUUGAAUGGUACAAUGACAAUGAGGUGGAGUAUCAUGAUGAAUACAAACUGAUGGAUAAAGACAUAGCCAUUGAAAGGUUGUUGGCAGAGAAGAAGAUCUUGGAAGAAAAAGUGCAAAAGUUAAAGAACAAGAAAAAGAAGAUGCGUGUUGUGAUAACUGAAAUGCAGAUGAAGGCUUCCAAAAGUGCUAAAGGAGAAAGAGCUGCUAUUAUUGUUGUACUUGUAUCUUGGAUAGUGUUUGCUAUUCUAAGUUAUUUGAAAUGAAAUGUAUUUGAGUAAACUUUGUAGUAAUGAACUAUUUCAGCUUGUAUCUUUGGAAGUUGAAAUGUAAUAGUCAAGAAGUUUAUGAUUGAAGUUGAAAUGUAACAGUCAUUCUAUCUUUGCUCUACUUUUGAAGAAGUGUAAGUUGUAUGCUACGA